AUGGCAGAGUCCGGGUCCCUGCCCCCCGGCUUUGGGGAGCUGGAGGUGCUGGCUGUGGGGACGGUGCUGCUGGUAGAAGCUCUCGCCGGUCUCAGCCUCAAUAGCCUGACCAUCCUCUCCUUCUGCAAGAGCCCGGAGCUGCGGACACCCAGCCACCUGCUGGUGCUGAGCUUGGCUCUGGCGGACAGUGGGCUCAGCCUGAAUGCUCUCGUCACAGCCACCUCCAGCCUCCUCCGUUGUCUCCACAGGCGCUGGCCCUAUGGCUCCGAAGGCUGCCAGGCCCACGGCUUCCAGGGCUUUGUGACGGCGCUGGCCAGCCUCUGCAGCAGCGCAGCAAUCGCCUGGGGGCGCUAUCACCACUACUGCACGCGCAGCCGACUGGCGUGGAACACGGCCAUCUUCUUGGUGUUCUUUGUGUGGCUGUCUUCUGCCUUCUGGGCAGCAAUGCCCCUCCUGGGCUGGGGCCACUAUGACUAUGAGCCACUGGGGACAUGCUGCACCCUGGACUACUCCAAGGGGGACAGAAACUUCACCAGCUUCCUCUUCGCUAUGGCCUUUUUCAACUUCCUCCUGCCCCUACUCAUCACAGUCACAUCCUAUCGGCUCAUGGAGCAGAAGCUCGGGAAGACUGGCCAUCUCCAGGUGAACACCACCCUGCCAGCCAGGACGCUGCUGCUCUGCUGGGGCCCCUAUGCCCUCCUGUAUCUCUACGCCGCCAUCGCGGAUGCGACCGCCCUCUCCCCCAAGCUGCGGAUGGUACCUGCCCUCAUUGCCAAGACGGUGCCCACGAUCAAUGCUGUCAACUAUGCCCUGAGCAGUGAGAUGCUCCACAAGGGAAUCUGGCAGUGCCUCUCGCCACAGAAAAGUGAGCGGGACCGAGCCCAGUGA